AUGAGUUCCAACUAUAGUGAUGUUGUGCUCCUGGUUCAGUUCUCAAGGAAAAUAGAAAGUAGAACAUUUGUUGAAUACAAUUCGUUGAAGUUGGCCCUAAAUGGAAUUUGCCAAUUAUACGAACAGGCCAUAAAAGAGAAUGACCCCACUGUGCAAAGAAUAACCUACAACAUGAACGAUUUGUUUUUGUACAUUGACAACAUACAAAAGAUGACCUUGAUGCUAUUCCAUCAACCUUCGUGGACGUACAAACCACAUGACAAGAAGUGGAUAAAGCAAAAGCUGGUUGAGCACAUAAAGGAUCAAAUAGGGCAAUAA